AUGGCCGAGUUGGACAAGCUCGCCAUCCGUGGCGUGCGUUCGUUUGGACCGCGUGAUGUCAACAUCAUCCAGUUCUUCAAACCACUCACAGUCAUUGUCGGGCACAAUGGCAGUGGAAAGACGACAAUUGUUGAGUGUCUCAAAUAUGCGGCCACGGGCGAUUUACCGCCGCAUACCAAAGGCGGCGGCUUUCUGCACGACCCAAAUAUGGCGGGCACAGAUACAGUCAAGGCGCAGGUUCGCCUACGAUUCCGCAAUACGCAUGGGGUCCGCAUGAACUGCGUCCGCAAUUUGCAAGUAUCGAAGAAAAAGGGCGGGGGCCUUUCGAUGAAAACACUAGAGGGCGUCCUGGGCAUUGACGACGAAGAGGCCGAGCCGCAUGCCCGUAACUCCAUUUCGACGCGAUGUGCGGAGCUCGAUACAGAGAUGGCGUCGCUUCUGGGUGUGCCUCGCGCGAUCCUUGAGCAUGUCCUUUUUUGCCAUCAGGAAGAAGCCAAUUGGCCUUUGGCAGAGCCAGCGAUCCUCAAGAAACGCUUUGACGAGAUCUUUGAAGUGUCGCGAUAUACCAAGGCACUGGAUACGAUCCGUUCGCUUCGCAAGCAGCGUGCGCAAGAUGCGCGCGUGGACGAGGCGGAGCUGCGCGCUUUGCAGCAGGACAAGGAGCGUGCGGACAGCAUCCGCAGGACCAUCACGACAUUGCAAGAAACGCUUCUCGAAAAGCGUGUAUUGCUCGAAGACCUUGAUGACGACAUUCGACGCAAGACAGCCGAGAACCAGACUCUCUAUGAUGACGCUACGCGGUUUCGCGAAGUUGUCAAUCGCGCCGAGAUCCUCGAGGAAAAAAUGGCCCUAUAUGCCGAACACAAGCGCACGUUAGAGGCCCGCAUGUCGUACCUUGAUAUACCAGAUGAUGAGCUAGCACGCUUGCUCACAUCGCACCCUCAGCAGUUAGCUGCCCAACAGGCACAGCUAGAAGAACUUCAGCGGAAUAUGCAAACGUACACUGACCAACGUAAAGCUGCCGCCGUCGAGCAUGAACGACUCAUUCGCCGGCAUGCAGAGCUCGAGGCUGCCAGAAGCACGCGUGAGCGCCAACGCAACGAAUGCGCGCAAGAACUAGAGGCGAUGGGAGCGUCAUUGAAAGACGCAACUUGGGACGCGAUACGCGCCGCAGCCACUUCUCUGGACACUUCAUGGCAAGCUCAACAAAAAGAAUGGGACGCGUCGGCUAGAAAUGAACGACGUGCCUUGCAAGAUCGCGAGCAACAAGAGCGAGAAACGCACGAACGCCUCGAGACCAAGUUGCGUGAUUUGCACGCGCGGCGCGAACAUACCCAAGCCUCACUAGAGCGUCUACGAGAACGAAUCCACGCAUGCGAGGAAGGCGGUGACGAUGCUGCCUCAGAGGCUAUUCGAUGGCGAGCAACGUUCGAUGUACUACAUGAAGCAUGGAAAGCCUCGAAGGAGCGCGGCAAAGCUCUUUCCGCGCGCCUUGACGACCUGCAAUGUGGCUUCGAGUCGGUCGACGCCGGCCUGCGCAAUGUACAAGAAGAACUUCACGCGAUUCGAGAAUCUCUUGGCUUGCUGGAACAUGCCUCGGCAGUCUUUGAACGUAUCCAGCACCAUGCACACGACAAACACGUGUGCCUUGCAUGCGAGCAAGCUGUGCCACCAUCUUCGCUCCCUGCGUUUGAUGCACAUAUCGCCCAGCUGCGCCAGCGUAGCAGUGCACACGCCUCGCUCGCUGCGGAUCUCACGUCGUGGGUCCAGAUGGAAGCCAAGCUGUAUAUGGCCAAGGAGGCACAUAUCCAGCGCACUGAGCAUUUCGAAUCCCAUGCCGCCCUGUCUUCGCGCAUGCAAGACGCCAAGCAACGCGCAGAAAGCGCGGCUGCUCGAGCUCGUGGAGCACCACAAGGUCGUCUUGACGAAUAUGCCGCUGAUGCCCGUGAGUUAGAAGCGGCAUUAGAAGACCUAAACCGUGCGUGUGAUGAUAUGACGGAGCCGUUGCAAGCAGCGUGCUCGUCGCUUGAGUCGGCGCGGCAGGAGCGCCUAAAGGUAGAAGAUCGGCAUGAAGGAAAGAGACGAGAGUUUCAAGAUGUGCUCGAUCGCCUUCAUCGCGUCAUGACCCGCUUCGAUGACACGGACGAUGCAUCGAGUCUGGAAACAUGCAACUUAUCGCUGAAACGUGCAUCGGCUGCACUGGAUGACGCAGUUCGUGCCGCGGAGCGUGCCAUGCAUGACUCACAUACCCUUGAGACAGCGAUGCGCGAUGCGCGUGCGUAUGAGUCGAAUGUGCGCGAUAAUGUCCAGUUCCGCGAGGCAGAGAAAGCCUAUGCAGAUGCACAGGCACAACACGCUGCGCUGGACUUGGAGGCGGCGUACUCGGCGCAUGCGAAGGCCAACCAGGUGUACGACGAAGCGCGGCGGGCCGAGCAGGCUCUCGGUGGACGUGCGGCGCAUUUGCGCGGCGAGAUGGCAGGAAUCGAGGCCGAGUUGGAGCGGCGCCACAAGGAGCUUCAAGAUGAUUACAGCGGUAUCUCUGAGCGCUACAUGCGGCAGCUCGUGCAUAUCAAGGUGGCUGGCAUGGCAAAUCGCGAUCUCGAUACGUACUGUGCCGCAUUUCAACAGGCCAUCUUGCAGUACCAUGGAAUCAAGAUGGAAGAGGUGAACCAGACUCUCGAUUACCUAUGGAAAAAAACCUAUCAAGGCACUGACAUUGAUUCAGUGUGCAUUCGGGCCGACAGCGAUGGCACGAGUGGCGGUCUUCGUGCCUACCAGUACCGUGUGUGCAUGCGCAAGGACGGCAUCGAGCUUGAUAUGCGUGGUCGAUGCAGUACGGGCCAAAAAGUACUCGCCUGUAUCCUUAUCCGCCUGGCAUUGGCCGAUUCGUUUGGCGGGGCCUGUGGCUGCAUGGCACUCGAUGAGCCGACCACGAACCUCGAUCGUGAAAACGUCGAGGCGCUUGCUGCAAGCCUCGUAGACCUCCUUGCUGAGCGGCAGCACCAGCCCAACUUCCAGCUCAUUGUCAUCACCCACGACGAGGAGUUCCUGACGCGCCUCUCUCAGUCAGAUGCCUUGGAGCACUAUUGGCGCGUCUCAAGAGAUACACACUUACAUUCUACAAUCGAGCGAGACAUCGUCCAGCGCUCCUAG